UCAAUCUCAAGCUCCUUCUGGUGCGCAUUCUUUCAUUCAUUUCCAUUCCCACUCUCUCAUUUUUCUCUCCUUUAGUUCUCUCCCUAAUAUUUUCUCUUUACUGUAUUAACAACCUCUAAGCUAUGGGUCUCACAAAGACAUACAAGGACGGAACCAAGCCCACCGUCGCUAUCAUUGGUGCUGGGUUUUCAGGAAUGUGUGCUGCUAUCCGUCUUCAAACGCAAUUAAACUUGGAGACAUACCAGGUUUUUGAGCUUGAACCUGAUCUAGGAGGCACCUGGUGGUCCAACACGUAUCCUGGAGCUGCCUGUGAUGUUGCUUCCAUUAACUAUCAAUUCUCAUUCGAGCCCAACUACGAGUGGUCGCAAAGAUAUGCGAAUCAGGCAGAGAUUUGGGCUUAUAUGAGACGAGUUGCAAAGAAAUAUAACCUGUACGAGAAGAUUCGUUUCAGAACCGAAGUCACCCGCAUUGAAUGGAACAAUAGCCGCCAAAAGUGGAUUGUGGAUUAUAUGGAUUUAUCGACAGGCGAACGCAGUGUGAUGGAGGCUGACAUUGUAUUUUCGGGAGCAGGACCACUGCGCAUUCCUUUCAUCCCAAAGCAAUUUGAUGACUUUGAAGGGCCUAAGUGGCACACUGCUCAAUGGAACCAUUCAAUCGAUCUGACUAACAAGCGUGUCGCUAUAGUUGGAAGUGGAGCAAGUGCCAUCCAGGUGGUCCCAUCCAUUGUAGAUAAGGUCAAGACAUUGGAGUACUAUCAGCGAACACCAUCAUAUAUCAUACCACGCAGAAACGGCCCAUAUAGUAGUCUGUGGAAAUUCCUAUUCCGUUAUAUUCCAUUUUUUCACUUUAUCUACUUCAAACUCAACUACUACGGUUCCGAAUUAACAAUCAACAUAUUCAGCAACAAGCUCAUCCACAGGCUCCCUCGUUUGUUCACGACAUUCCUUUCCUGGGGAUUCCGCAUGUGGCAGGUCCGUGACAAAAAUCUGCGUGAAAAGCUCACACCUAAAUAUGAGAUGGGUUGUCGUCGCAUUGUUGUAGCAUCCAAUUACUUCCCUGCUGUGUGCAAGAAGAAUGUCAACGUGCAUACUGAGGCUAUCCAAACUGUCAAGGGUAAUACUUUGACAUUAAAGGACGGUUCAGUACAGGAAGUUGAUGCUUUAGUCCUAGCUACGGGUUUCAAAGCUCAGGAGAUGAUCCCGCCAAAGUACCUGUUCGGCAAGAAUGGAGUUGAUCUGGAGAAGAGAUGGGGCAAGAACCCUUCAACGUACUAUGGCAUAACCUCUCCAGAGACUCCUAACAUGUUCUUUUUGCUUGGCCCCAACACUGGUCUUGGACACAACUCCGUUCUUUUUAUGAUCGAGACACAGGUUGAUUAUGCCAUCAAGGCCAUGUCCUACAUGAUGGCAAACAACCUUUCCGCUAUCGAAGUUACUCCUAAAGCAUGCCAAGAAUUCAUGACAGAGCUUGACAAAAGGAUGCAGGCAAAGGUCUGGUCUUCCACCUGUCAGAGUUGGUAUCAAAACUCGGAAGGACGUGUAACAGCAUUGUGGUGGGGAUCGUGCGGACAGUACUGGUGGAGACUGCGAAAAUUUCAUCCUCACAACUUUGUUGCUUCCAAGAGAAUUUAAUAUAAUAAAAUGCAUAACGGUACAAAAUAUAUCCAUAAUGAUUAGCCGCAAAUACCUUGUAACUCGUUCAUCGGCUUCUUCAAUAAUAGGUACCGCACAAUGGCGAUCCAGAUUACGCAAUCGCAAUCACGCUCCCAGCCAUCGUGUUCCCAGACCUUUUCAAUGUUGACAUAGGUGAGAGCAUCACUGUCGGUAGUGAGGGCUACGUCAUCAGGACUGCAGU